AGAUCAGAACUCAGACAUACCUAAACUAGAAUCUAUUGCUGCGGAGAUGUCUACGUCGGCAAGCUUGACGGAGAGAAGAGGGAUUCCGGCAGCAUCGUUUGUUGAAGAUGUGCAAACUUAUCUCUCUCAAUUGAAUCUUGACGUCAAUUCCGCCCUCGCAUUUUUGCAAGAAAGACUGCAGCAAUACAGAGUGGUGGAGAUGAAACUUCUUGCACAGCAGAGGGAUCUUCAGGCAAAAAUCCCUGACAUUGAGAAGUGCUUGGAUGUUGUUGCCACUUUGCAAUCGAAAAAGGGCACUGGUGAGGAACUUAUUGCUGACUUCGAAGUAUCUGAAGGAAUCUACUCCCGAGCUUGUAUUGAGGAGGCUGAAUCUGUCUGUCUAUGGCUGGGAGCGAAUGUAAUGCUGGAUUAUUCUUGUGAAGAGGCAACUGUCCUCCUCGAAAAGAAUUUGGAAAAUGCAAAAGCAAGUUUAGAAGUUCUUAUGGCUGAUCUGCAGUUCUUAAGGGAUCAAGUGACAAUUACUCAGGUCACGGUUGCUCGUGUGUAUAACUGGGAUGUACAUCAACGCAGACUUCGGCAAGCCGUUGCUACACCCUCAGAGUCAUGAAAUUUGGUGGUGGUUCUCCGGUUUCUCCUCCCCACCCUCGUUUCUUGGCCGGUCGAAUCUUUAUACAAAGUUCCUUGGCUGCACUUUGAGUCAAUGAAGCUCGGGGUCCAUUUUUUUUGGUGUGUCCGACUCUUGAAAGUAGUAUUUAGUCAGGCCCUUUUUUCGUGUCAUACAAUAAUUGCUUUUAUCCCAGGGUAUGAUUGAAUAUCUUGACUUGUGUUGUUGUACUGCCAAGGCUCCUGAUGAAUCAUUACAUGUCUCUCCUCUAUACUUUGUAGAGCUGGUUAUGCGCUCCUCUGCAUGCAUCAACUUCUCUUUUUUGGGGACAACAUUGAAUCUGGUCAUUGUCAGCUCUUAACAAUUCUCAUUAUGCUUUCAGUUUGUGGUCAGUUUCUGUAUAAUUUGGUUUCAAGAAUUUAUGUUAUCCUCUUUAAGUUCUAUUCGGCAGUUGGAAGUCUCAUGUA